AUGGCCUACGAAGAAGCACACCUGCCCGGCCCGCCCACCGCCGCCGCCGAGGAUGAUGCCGCAAUAGCCGCGCAGAAGCUAUCGCGCCGCGCCUGCGAUUGCUGCAGGAAGCGCAAGGUCAAAUGCGAUGGCGGCAACCCGUGCACUCCGUGUCAAAAGGCCAUGCUGCCCUGCGCAUACCUGCAGCCGCCGAAGAAGAAGGGCCCGAAGGGCUUGCGGAGCCAACGGGUCUUGCACAUGCUGCGUCGCAUCGAUGACCACAUGGCAGCUGGCCUCCCGAGUCCUCCCACGCCUCAGCAGACGUCGGCAUUUGGCAAUUGGGGAUGGCAUACGCAGAGUUCCGGCUCCAAUGGCGGGGCCAUGCCGCCGCCCAAUGCGCAUGCGCAUUCCGAAGACUCGUACGGGCCGCACACCAGCGUUGCUCCAGAUCAGCCAUACUAUCCCCCCUCUCAGUCUUCCAUGCCGCCACCACCCCAGCAAUCACCGUUUCCGCCUCACUCCAUGCGAUUUUCUCCGGAAGCGCAAUUCGCAUCAUGGACGAACAAGUCCCCGUCAGUGCCGCCGCCCACAAGCGACCCGUCCAGCACAAUGUCGCCCUCGACCUCUUCCUCCCUCCAUCUCCGUCUCCCAGCCGAGUGCUUCCUCCCAUACAUCAAGCUCUUUUUCGACCACAUGUUCCCCAUCAUGCCCGUCAUCGACCGCAACAUCUACGUCAACCCCAACCUCUACACCGACUCCAGUCUGCUCACCCCGGAUGAAUACUGCUUUCUCUGCUCCAUCUGCGCCGCAACCAUGGUCCAAUUGGACGACUCCAUCUCUCAACCGCCCGCGAUACAUCCCCCGAAGCGAAAUGACGACUUGUUCGCCGAGGAAUGCCUGCGCGAGCGAAAAGUUUAUGAUUUCAUUGAGUCGCCUUCAAGACUUAGCGUCAUGACUUCUUUCUUUUUGUUUGCGUAUUACGGCAACAAUGAAAAGCACGACAAGGCCUGGCACUACUUGCAAGAGAGCAUCACCUUCGCCCAAACCCUGAACAUGGAUGACGAAAACGCGUACCGCGAUCUCGACCCCACGGAAGCGCAGUGGCGACGACGACUCUACUGGCUACUCUUCAUCACCGAGCGGGCGUACGCAGUGCAGCGGAGAAAGCAUACGAGAUUAUACGCGAACGUCAAGCAGCCUUCCAUCUUCGACAACGAGGAAGCGCAAUUACUGAAUGGCUUCGUGAACCUCGCAAACCUCUUCGCCGCCGUGGACGACGAUUUCGUGAAGGCGUGGCGGGGCUCACGGAAGCAGAGUCUGUGUGACGAACAGUGGCUGGCCAAGACGCAGUCACAGCUCGACAACGCCGUGCUGGCGUUGGGCAGCGUGAGUGAGACGCAGCAGAUGGACAUCCGCGUGACGCGAGAGUGGUUGCACAUGCUUGCGUGGCAGAUGGGCGUCAGCAAUGGCUUGAUGUGGGGCGAGGGAGAAAGCGAUGGCACGCGCCUGUACUACCCCGUCGAGAUAGCGAAGCGAGUUGUGGAGAUUACAUCCGGGGCGAAUGCUCUGGCGCUCGAUUCGCACGGCAUAGGAAUGGCAAGUUGCGAGCAAAAACUCUACGACAUCGCCGGCUGCCUCGCCGACGUCCUCCGCUGCACCGCCGGCGACCCCUCCGCCACCUACGCCGCCGGCAAAGAAUACCUGCACAUCCUCUCGCAAAAACUCUCCAGCAUCCGCGGCAAGGAAAGCCGCUACCUCAAGCCCCUGCUAGCACGCAUGGAGGGGCUAAUGGGCUACGAGCUCAACGCCCAACCCCUGCCUCCCCCAACCGCCGCGGGCUUCGACCCCAAAUUCCCCCCGGCCAACGCCUACUUCAAUACCCCGCGCAUGUCCGUCGUCGAGUCGAUGAAUAUGCUGCGCUCGCUGUCCAUGACGGGCGGAGGGAGCUUUUCCCUCCCGUCGAGUCUGUCGUCUAUGUUGCCUUCGCUGGCGAUGAUGGAGGAUUGGACGCAGCGCAGGCCGAGUGGGAAGGUGUAUGAUGAGGCGGAGACGGACGCUAUGGAUCCUUGGGCGUUGAAUGAGGUUGUUAUACAGCAGCGGCAACGGCAGGCUAUUUGA